AAACCAAGACACAACCAGUACCAUAAACCAACAUACAACCAGUACAGCAAUCCAAAACACAACCAAUGCCAUAAACCAAUAUACAACUACAAACCAAGACACAACCAAUACCAUAAACCAAUAUACAACCAUUACAGCAAACCAAGACACAACCAGUACCACAACCCAAUAUACAACCAGUACAGCAAACCAAGACACAACCAGUACCAUAAACCAAUAUACAACCAGUACAGCAAACCAAGACAUAACUAG